UUAAAGGUGGAACCACCCCCAGCCCCAGAACCAGCUCCCCCGACACCUGACAUUGCUCCUCCAACACCAUCGCCCACACCGUCAUCAGCAGAGCCAUCAACCGUAACAUCAACUCCCGCAGUGACACCAGCACCAUCACCCUUACCUCCGGUAGAAGCACCUCCUGCUGCGCCAUCGCCUGCUGAAGCCGCACCUUCGCCCGCACCACCCGCAGAUGGAGCUGCACCUCCUGCAGAAGGAGCUGAAGGUGCGGCACCAGCACCUCCAGCAGAAGGCGCUGCUCCACCAGCAGAAGGAGCUGCUCCACCAGCAGAAGGCGCAGCUCCACCAGCUGAUGGCUCAGCCCCACCGGCAGAAGGUGCAGCACCACCAGCAGGAGGCGCAGCUCCACCAGCAGAAGGUGCAGCCCCACCAGCAGAAGGUGCAGCCCCACCAGCAGACGGAGCUGCACCACCUGCAGAAGGUGCACCUCCAGCACCUGCCGAUGGUGCUGCUCCUGCUCCCGCAGAAGGAGCAGCGCCAGCUGAAGGGGCACCUCCAGCUGAAGCAACACCCGCGGCAGCACCAGCUGAAGGUGCUGCUCCAGCAGAAACACCAGCUGCACCUCCUGCAGAAGCUCCUGCCCCACCAGCUCCUGAAGCUGCCCCUGCAGAGCCAGCCGCAUCGUAACUUGGUGAUGAUAAAAUUAUAAAUUAUUUCGCUCUCAUACUUACUACUUGUCUCUAUACGAGAGUCAAUCCUCGGCUGAUUAUGAUUGGCGUGAUAAAUCCCAGUGAAAACGUAGCCCACUGUACCUUAAUGUACUGGACGUGGCUCGAUGGUAAUUUCUUGACAAGACUCAUCAUUAUAACCUUCUGUCACUAUCAUUCUCCCAUGUGUAAUAAUUAUUGUUACGGUUAUAUCAAAUAUAAUGCUAAUGUAGCAACACGCUGCUAAUGUUACAACACUGUUGUCUAACAUACAGGAUAUGUGCUCGGGGGAGUUAAUUUAUCCGUCAUUGCUGCUGGGACAUUUCUCGAUUCACAAAUAUUCAUUUAAUCUUAUAAAUUAUUGUAACUAUUUAUUUCAAUAAAUAAUUCAAAUUUUAUUCAACUUUUCGAAAAA